UUAUAUUUUUCAAUGUAGAUGGAGAAAGAUUGCGGUUCCAGAAUGAAUUUAUUACCCGAAUGUUUUGAGGAUAACAAUCAAGUUAAUGCGAGUUCCAGUACGUGUACUGAUUUAAUUCUGGAUCUAUCUGUUAAGACGGCAACAAACUCGAACAGAAUAUCAGAAUCAUUUACGACGGUAGCAACACACAGUCGUGAUAAUCGAUUUUCCGAAUUCAGAAAUAAAAAUCCUUUUGAAGUUCGAAACUCCAUGGUAACACCACCUUCUGACUCUGAUUCUCCGAAGAAGACGAAAUCCGAGUUAAUUCAAAAUUAUCUAAACGCGUCAGCAAAUAUCACAGGACGAAAUGGAGGUUUACCUAUUUUGCCACUGAAUAUUCCUGUUCCAAUUGUUCCCAUACUGCCGGCACUGUUGAAUGCAAAUGAUGGUAGAAUGAUCAACGGUACUACUACAUCGAUCACAAAUUGUAAUGAAAUUACACUACCUAAUUUAUCCGCAGAUGUCAAUAAAAAGCCACCAAGGCCUUUUAAAGCUUAUCCAAAAGAUCCAUUAUCGCUCACUGUGGGAGCAUCUGAAUUGGUGUAUGAUCAAAAUUCCAAUGAAGCCUAUUCAGAAUUUCGGAAACGAAUGCUGGAAUCAGUGCAAAAAACAUACGAAGGAACGAAUACGAAAAUGCGGAGAACCACAAAAAGUCCUGUACUACCAACGAGUACUGUUGACGAAAAGGAUGCGGCGUACUUGGAAAAAAGAAGAAAAAAUAACGAAGCCGCGAAACGUUCCAGGGAUGCACGAAGAGCCAAAGAAGACGAAAUUGCUAUCAGAGCAGCUUUCCUGGAACAAGAAAAUAUUAGAUUAAAGUACGAAGUUCUAGCACUUCGAAGGGAAACAGCGAAACUAAAACGUAUGCUUUACACACACUAAUACACUAUAGCAGUGUCUGUACAUUCUGUAUAAAUUGAAAAAAAAAUU